GCCCUAUUAUCUGCGGCAUUCGCGGUGCCAGAACUCAUAGACAGCACCACGGUCUACAUACAGCCCAUUGAUGGGUCCUCAUCUCCAGCCAGCCCGCUCGCCGAAAUCAAAUACAACCCUUCCACGCUGGACGCCGAGCUCGUAUCGUUCGAAGCCCCCGAGAUAUCUCCCGAAGCCAAGCAUGUGCGGAUAGGCCUCUACGAUGCCGCGACCUCUACGUGGAAGUCCUCGACUUCCAUGACAUCGGCGGAUAGCUUCUCGAAAGGAUUCCGGCCAACGCUAGUACUCUCACUCGAUGCGCAAGGGGGAGUCUUGGGAGUUACAUGCAAGAGUGGGAAGAUUGACGCUGGGCAGACGAGGGAUUUUGGACCGAAAGUCAAGGUGGUUAAGACUGUGAAGGGGAAACAGCCGGACUUGAAUAGACCUGUGGUCUUGUCCCCCGAGGGGACUGUGGAGGAGGCCGUCCCAGAGAAGACGUUUCUACAGAAGUAUUGGUGGGCAAUACUCGGCGCGGUGAUGUUGCUCAUGACAUCCGGAGGUGGU